AUGAAGUGCAUCGCAGCUGUAGUCAUGGUGGCUCUGGCCGUCGUCGCUGAGUGCGGCCUCAUUCCGGCUCCGGUGGUGUACUCUGCUCCCCAGACGACUGUCGUCCAGCAGAAUGUGGCUCCGAAGUACGUGGUUUCGGCCCCUCUCGCGUACGCCGCUCCCGCUUACUCCUAUGCCGCUCCGUCCUUCUCCUAUGCUGCGCAAACCGUCUCCCAUGCCGUCCCAGCCGUCUCGUAUGCCCGUGUCGCCUCAGUAGCUCCAGUCGCCUACUCCGCGCCAUCGUUCUACGCUGAUUCGGAUGUGGUGGAAGCUGCUACAGUGGCCGUAGCUCCUGCUGCCACCGUCGUCGCUCAGCCUGCCGUGGCUGUUGUCGCCCAGAAGGAGGCUCGCUAUGUCGCUGCCAACCGUGGCGCCGUCCACGAGGCUCCUCUGGCCGGACAUGCCGUCAACCAGCAGUCCCUGAACCUUGAAGCUGCACCAGGAACUCUGUAA